AAAAGAAAAGGAGUGCCACCACUAGCUACUGAAGGAGUAGAGUGAGGAGAUCGAUGGAUCGAAUGCUAAUCACAACAACCAGAGCUCCUUUUGCUCUUAAGAUUCCUUCCAGGCCCCACGCUAGCUGCCAGCCACAGCACACACCCCCCCAAGAGAUCAAGAUCAAGAUCAGAUGAGAUGAGCUCAGAACGGCUCUUCUUCGUCUACGCCACUUGUACAUACAUUCCUGGUCUGGACAAAACACGGGUCGUUUCUGAAGAUUCAAACGUGUUGCGUUGCAUUGGAUUGCUGCCACACGAGUCAGUCGGCACGGAGAAGAAGAUCCUACUACUCCACAGUCCUUGAAAGUAUGGUGGGUGUAGCCGUGUAGGCAGUCUCCUGCAAAAGGAAAACUUGCUUUGGCUGGUUGGUCCCUAGUACAGCUGCUGGCUGCUGGCUGGAACUGGAGAUAUAUCUGGGCUCUUCUUUCGUUGCUACCUUGCCUAGCUAGCUAUCUUCUUCUUCUUCGUCCUCGUCUUGCAGCUUACAUGGAUGGAAUUGAUGGACGUGCGUCUCACUGCUGCAACUGCGAGUGAGGAUUCGGAUUCAGAUUCAGCUGAAUCCUCACUGUAUGUUGUAGCCCGUUGAAUUCCAGCAGGAAGCAGCUGCAGCUACUCUGAAUCUCUGUCCGAAGCAGCAAGAAGAGAAGAGUUAGAGCAGAGCAGGCAGUCCAGGUCCAGCCAUGGGGGAGGUGGCAGCAGCAGAGAUGUACACCCAAGACGGCACCGUGGACCUCAAAGGCAACCCGGCCCUCAAGGAGAACACCGGCAACUGGCGCGCCUGCCCCUACAUCCUCGCGAACGAGUGCUGCGAGCGUCUGGCGUACUACGGCAUGAGCACGAACCUGGUGAACUUCAUGAAGGACCGUCUGGGCAUGGAGAACGCCCUGGCCGCCAACAGCGUCACCAACUGGUCCGGCACCUGCUACAUCACGCCCCUCAUCGGCGCCUUCCUCGCCGACGCCUACCUCGGCCGCUUCUGGACCAUCGCCUCCUUCAUGAUCAUCUACAUCCUCGGGCUGGGGCUGCUGACGAUGGCGACCUCGGUGCACGGCCUGGUGCCGACCUGCACCGGCGGGACGUGCUCGCCGACGUCGGGGCAGACGGCGGCGGUGUUCGUGGCGCUCUACUUAAUCGCUUUAGGCACCGGCGGCAUCAAGCCGUGCGUGUCCUCGUUCGGCGCCGACCAGUUCGACGAGCACGACGCUCUGGAGCGCCGCAGCAAGAGCAGCUUCUUCAACUGGUUCUACUUCUCCAUCAACAUCGGCGCGCUCGUGGCCUCGUCGGUGCUCGUCUACGUGCAGACCCACGUCGGCUGGAGCUGGGGCUUCGGCAUCCCCGCCGUCGUCAUGGCCAUCGCCGUCGGCAGCUUCUUUGUCGGCACCCCGCUCUACCGCCACCAGCGGCCCGGCGGGUCGCCCCUGACGCGCGUCGCCCAGGUGCUCGUCGCCGCCGCCCGGAAAUGGAGCCUCCCGUUGCCGGAGGACCCCUCGGCGCUGCACGAGACGGCGGACAAGGAGUCCGGCAUCGAGGGCAGCCGCAAGCUCGAGCACACCCCGCAGUUCGCCUUCCUCGACAGGGCCGCCAUCGAGACCGAUUCCGACAAGAAAUCCGCUUCUUCGUCUCCGGCGCCGGCGAGCUCGUCGUGGCGGCUGUGCACGGUGACGCAGGUGGAGGAGCUGAAGAGCGUGGUGCGGCUGCUCCCGAUCUGGGCGAGCGGCAUCGUCUUCGCCACCGUCUACGGCCAGAUGGGCACCCUCUUCGUGCUCCAGGGGAACACCCUCGACGCCUCCAUGGGACCCCAUUUCAAGAUCCCCUCCGCCUCGCUCUCCAUCUUCGACACGCUCUCCGUCAUCGCCUGGGUGCCCGUCUACGACAAGCUCCUCGUGCCCCUCGCCCGCUCCGUCACCGGAAAACCCCGCGGGUUCACGCAGCUGCAGAGGAUGGGGAUCGGCUUAGUGAUCUCCAUCUUCGCCAUGCUCGCCGCCGGCAUCCUCGAGCUCGUCCGCCUCCGCUCCAUCGCCGCCCAUGGUCUCUACGGGAAGAAGGAUAUAAUCCCCAUCUCCAUCUUCUGGCAGGUGCCGCAGUACUUCGUCAUCGGCGCCGCCGAGGUGUUCACGUUCGUGGGGCAGCUCGAGUUCUUCUACGACCAGGCGCCGGACGCCAUGAGGAGCAUGUGCUCGGCGCUCGCGCUCACCACGGUGGCGCUCGGGAGCUACCUCAGCACGCUGCUCGUCACCGUGGUCAGCAAGGUGACGACGAAAGGCGGCAAUGUUGGGUGGAUCCCGGAUAAUCUGAAUGUCGGCCACCUCGAUUACUUCUUCUGGCUGCUCGCCGCGCUUAGCGUGGCGAAUUUCGCUGUUUACCUGGUGAUUGCGAGCUGGUAUACGUAUAAGAAGACGGCGGAGGAUGGCCCGGCGCCGGCGGAGGAUAAGUUGAAAGGAGAAGAUGGUCGUCAGCAUGAGCAGUGAGUGGAGUGGCUCUGUUCUUGUCUGAAUGUGUGUACUGAUGCUGCUGUUGAGAAGUUCAGAAGAGAGAAGAUAACAGAAGGGAUUCUUGGAAGAAGGUGGAUGGAAUUUGGUAGUGGUCUGGUAGGGGGAAACUGAAUGUGUAGUGUUUGUGACUAGCAGCUGGAUUGAUGUUUGUUGUUGUUGGUGUCUUGGAAGAAUUUGGCAGGAAAGGAGUACAUUAUGGUAGUUUGUUGUCCAAUGCUUGAUCCAAAGUUAAUUUUCUAGUAUCAGUAUCGAA